UCCGUUUCACGUCUAGUUUCUGCAAGAGUUUCACAUUAAGGACUGCAAAUACCAGUAAAGCUUUCAGACUGUGGAUAUUUUACAUUAAAAUAAGUGAAGAUACUGAAGAUGAAAAGAAGUAAAAAAGAAGACGCGGUAAAAGAUGUAAAGAAACAGAAACUCCUUGAGGAGCUUGGUGAUAGAAAGCUUCAAUAUCUAACUCCAAAGGAUGCAGAAUUCCAGCUGCUGUGGGAAGCAAAGUAUUCAAAAUUAGCCUUCAAAGAAGCCAGCAAAAUCCCUCAAGACCUGCAUGAAAAAGUUCAAAGUGCCUUCAGAACACUACUGGAGCAGGGGUGUUUCUUCCAUGAUCUUGUUCAACUCAAAGGUAAAAAUCUGUUUACUCCAGUGUCUCGUAUUCUGAUAGGAGACAAAGGCUGUACAUACAGAUAUCUCAACACGAGACUUUUCACAGUUCCAUGGUCUACUUUUGAUAAUGAUGUCAAAUACAGCAAUGAAGAGAUAACCUCAGCUUGUCAAGCUUUUGCUGAACUUAAUAAGUACUUCAAAGUUGAAAAUGCUAAUGCAUUACGUGAACGUGGACUAGCUGCAGCAGAUGUUGAGCAUGUUAGCGAAAGUUUGGUUAAACCUUGUAGUGGUGAUAAGAUGCAGAAAUUAUCCUGGCUUCCUGCAAAUGAACUGUCCAUGUCAGACAGCAAAGGGGAACAGCAGCAAGAAAUAAAACGUGAGACAGACAUGCAGAUAAGAACUUUGCACAAUGUAACUUUGUUGAAUUAUAUGGACCCAAUAAAAAUGAUUAAUCUGAAAGAAGAACCCUACUUUGGAAUGGGGAAAAUGGCUGUAAGCUGGCAUCAUGACGAAAAUCUGGUGGAGAGGUCAAGUGUUGCGGUGUAUAACUACAGCUGUACAGGUUUGGAGACUGAUGGUGAUGAAAAUGUGGAAGAUCUGAAAGGCAGAAAUCCAGCUCUUUGGCAUGUGGGCCUGAAGAUAGCAUGGGACAUACAGACACCGGGACUAGCAGUGCCACUUCUCCCCGGAGACUGCUACUUCAUUCUGGAUGACAUGAACAUGACCCACCAGCACUGUGUUUUAGCUGGCCAUUGUCCACGUUUUAGCUCUACCCACAGAGUAGCAGAGUGCUCGACAGGUACGCUGGAAUAUAUCCUUGGAUGCUGUCAGAAGGCACUCUGCAACCUGUACAGAGAGCCUGGUACAGGCAAAACAUUUCUGCUUUCAUUGGAAACUGCCAUUCUAAAGCAAAUGGAGGGGACUCAUACGGAGGUGGAGUUUGAAUGGUUGAGGCAGUUCUGGUUUCAAGGUAAGAGGUACAGAAAGUGCACAGACUGGUGGUUUGAACCCAUGGCUAAACUGGAGAAAUACUGGGAAUUGAUGGAAUGCAUGACAAACUUGGCACUCUGUGAAAUCAAAAAUGAGGAAUUGCCAACAGAAAGAAAGCAGGAAGUCAUAAACUGCCUACUGCCAUUUCUCACUCAGAGACAGGAGCUGCGCAAAGUCUGGAUGGCAAGAACACAGAAUGCUGUGGAAGCUUGGCAUCGCAGAUUUAAGUGCAAACCAGAAAGCGGUGAUGUUUACACGGUCUUAACAGCUAUAGUUGAAGAACAAAAACUGAGUGGAUGA